AAUUUUAACCCGAUAGAAAAUGACAUUGACAUCACACGUGUAAAUAAAAAUAAACUUACCGCAGCGCGGCUCGCAAGUGUAAUAAUUGUUUUUACGACUACAUUUUAUAUUAUAUCAGAUUACAAAUCUAUGAAAUGUUGAUAUGAAAAUAAUGUUUAGUAAAAAUGUCUGUAAAUAUGAUAGUAAACACAGUUCGUCAUUAUCUGGUUUCCCAAUAUAUGUACACUGUAGAUGAAUGGCUUACUGGGUAUUAUAAUUUCUCUUGAAUCCUUGAUAUGAUUUGAAUAAUUAAUUUGUUUAUAUUAAACAAUGACUUAUUUUUAUAACAGAUGUGUAGAGUUCUUAACCGAUGAUAAUGGUAGUAACUUUAGUGAAAUAGACAUUAAAAAUUUGGCAAGAGAGCAAUGGCUGUUGAAUGAUUUGAAAGACAUCUGCCCUGGCUGUCUGCCUCAAAAUUUGAAGGACAAUAAGAGAACUAUAUUAAAUGCAAAGUACAUACUUCAAAUAAAUGCAGUUGUUGACAUAGGCACUCCAGCAUAUCAGCAAUAUUUAAAAUUACAGAAAGUAAAUAUGGAAAAUAUCGAAGCAACAACUACAUUUGAAGAUAAGGUUUCCAGCCAUAGAAUGCUAAAGUUAUAUCUCACUGAUGGCGUACAAGAGAUUUCUGGUAUAGAAUAUAGGCCUAUGAGAAAUUUAAGCUGUGAUAUUACACCAGGCUGCAAGGUACUUAUUAAAGGGCCUGUGGAGUGUCGGAGAGGUGUGCUGCUUUUGACUGAGAGUGUGAUAGAAUUGCUCGGAGGGGAGGUUCAGGAAAUGGCCAUUACAAACUCUCUUGCUGGUCUAUUGUCUACAAAACUUGGACUACCAUUAGAAUCCAACCAUAACUCCACAAUGACACAAAGUAGAAAUCCAAAUAUACCAACACCACACGCACAGAUGCCGUCCCGCGUUGACGAGGUUCAAACACAAGAUCAAUCGUCUCGCCCUGUUGCUGUAGUCACGAGCCUUCAAGUCGCUCAUAGCAUGCCCGACGCCGAUGACGAUAUAGACAUAGAUGAUAUUGCGGCUAUCGAAGCGGAGUACUGUAAUCCAGGCAAAAGACCUCUCAACGAUAAUAAUAGUAAACCCGACAAAAAAUUAAAGACAGACAUUAAAAAUACUGUAAACAGAGCUGAUGAGUAUCCUGAUGACGAUGAAUGCUUCUUCGGUGAAGACGAGGAUUAUUUACGUGAAGUUGAAGCGCAAAUGGAAGCUCAGGAGAAAGGAUCAACACAAAAAUGUGAAGGACCAAUGGUUUUAUCUGCAGAACCUUAUGUUUAUAUAAAACAGAUUAAUGAUAUGAAUGAAGCAAAUAAAUCAGGUAGAGUUUUUAAAGUGAAAGCUCAAAUAAUGAAAUUGCUGUCAAAGUUAUCAGUUGGUAAAGAUGGUUGGAGCUUGAGAUGCACACUAAUUGAUGGCACUGGAUGCAUAGAUGUGGAUUUUACUAGUGAUGUCCUCUCUAAGUUGGUUGGAUUUACACCCCAAGAAAUGAAUCUGAUGAAGAAACAAAUGGCGACAGACCUUACAGUGAAAGAGAAAGCAGUCUUGGUGAGUACAUUGGCAUGGACGGAUUUGUAGAUCGGUGUGCCUUAAUUUGUUUGUAAUAAGAUUUAAGUUACAAGGUUUAUAUUUUUAUACAUGUCUAUGAGUUUACCUUUAAACUUAUAUAAAAAAAAAAUUGUUGUGAUAGCAAGGAAGUAUAUAAUCUGAAACAUUUGUAUUGCUUGUAUCACAAAUAAGUUGAAGAUUUCCAGUCGAAUACAUUUUUUUUUCAGGCAUUACAGAAGGCGAAAGACAUGUUACAAGUCUUGUAUUGUAUUAUAGAGUUGACAAUAUUAGAAGUGCCAAAAAUUACUUCACUGAUGCCUUUUGAAGAAUCGCAUGUCCAUUUGCUUAGUAAAAGAAUGCAAGCCUGUCAUGGAUUAUAGCAUUAAAGUAAAUUUUAUAAAACGUUUCAUU